GCGCUAAAAUGUUUAUUGAAUAAUUACGAAGCUCAUUAUCCAGUUCAUCAAUGGCUGAAAAGCAUCCAAACUUUCCAUCUUCUCCAUGAUUGAUUUCCAAAGCAACACGCCUUGAUUUCAAUUUUCUCACCUUCAACAAUCCUCUGAUUCUCCCACUUCCCUGCUCUCUUCAAAGGAAUCGGAAUCAGAAUCAGUAUCAGCCAUGGAGGUUGCCAGAAUUUCUUCUCCUCAUCUAAUCCACAUCCCAACCACGUUCAACAGAACCCUAACCCCCAAUCCCUCCUCCAUCGCUUCGAAUCGGAAUCCGCCGCCGAGAUCGAGAUCAUUUUCCAGUUUCAAGACGGCGACGCAUCGAAAUGCGAUUAGAAAGUGCGAAUUAAUCCGCACAGCCAUGGCGUCCGACGUUGUCACUUCAGAACGACCGGAAGUGGAGGAAGAGAAGUUCGAUUGGUUUGCGGAGUGGUACCCGGUGAUGCCGGUGUGCGAUUUGGACAAGAGAGUACCGGUUGGGAAGAAGGUUUUGGGGUUGGAUUUGGUGGUGUGGUGGGAUAGGAAUGAGAAUGCGUGGAAGGUGUUUGAUGAUAGUUGUCCUCAUAGAUUGGCGCCGUUGUCGGAAGGGAGGAUCGAUCAGUGGGGGAGAUUACAGUGUGUGUACCAUGGAUGGUGCUUUAAUGGCUCCGGUGACUGUAAAUUCAUCCCUCAAGCGCCUCCCGAUGGCCCUCCGGUUCACUCAUCCAAGAAGGCAUGUGUCGCUAUAUAUCCAACAACAGUGCAGAAUGACAUACUGUGGUUCUGGCCAAACUCGGACCCCAAAUUCAAAGAUAUCAUUUUGGAGAAGAAACCUCCCUUUAUUCCGGAGCUGGACGACCCAUCUUAUGUUAAGCUAGAGGGCAAUAGGGAUAUGGCCUAUGGGUAUGAGAUACUGAUUGAAAAUCUUUUGGACCCUGCCCAUGUUCCAUACGCGCACUACAAGAUAAUUCCAGCUCCACCAUCAAUAAAAAACAGAGCGACUGCUGAUAGGGAAGGCGGCAGACCACUAGAAUUGGUUGUUGAAAAGUUGAAAGCAGAUGGAUUUGUUGGCAGACACGAAAGGAUCCGUCACAAGUUUUUUGCACCUUGUGUCUAUUAUUUUUUCUCUGAUCCAGAGUUGGUUCAAGGAAAUGUAGAGAGCUCCAGCAAGAACGAUGAAGCUGUAUCAUCAACUGCAAAUGUAAAGAAACCGCCAACAGAAAUCUCGCAGAGAAGAUCAUUUCUGGUUUUCUACUGCAUCCCAGUUAGUCCAGGCAAAAGCAGAUUGAUAUGGGCCUUCCCUAGGAACUUUGGGAAAUGGAUGAAUUAUAUUGUCCCACGAUGGAUGUUUCACAUAGGGCAGAACUUGAUUUUAGAUUCAGACAUGUAUUUUCUUCGUGUUGAGGAGCAUAAAUUGGAGGAAAUAGGCCCUUCAAAUUGGCAUAAAGCUUGUUAUGUGCCAGUAAAAUCAGAUGCUUUGGUUGUUGGAUUUAGAAGAUGGUUGAACAAGUAUGCAGGUGGUCGAGUUGAUUGGGGAGGCAAAUAUUCUGGCUCUCUUCCUCCACUCCCUCCCAGAGAAGAGGUCUUCGAAAGGUACCGGAGCCAUGUGGUGAAUUGCAAGAGCUGCAAUGGUGCAUACAAAGCUCUAAACAUAGCUGAGGUGAGUCUUCAGGCCAUCUCCAUUGCUGCAAUUGGAGCUUUGGCAUUGACAAAAAAUGGUGUAAUUUCAGCAACAGUUAGAGCCACCAUUGUCACCAUUGCAAUACUCUGUUUUGCUGCUUCAAAGUGGUUAUCCCAUUUCAUUCACAAAACUUUCCACUUCCAAGAUUACAACCAUGCCCUGGUUUGACUCCUUUCUUCAUGUUAGAACUCAAUUUUAUUUAUCUUGUACAUAAAAUUAUCAUAUUUUAAUUUGAGAAAGCCAGAUAGUUUGGGGCUUUUUUCCACUGAAAAUAUAUAUAUAUAUAGAGGUCAAGUCACCGUAGAAUGAUAAUUGGUGUCUUAUUCUUUAAACUAUAUAUGGACUGUCAGUGCUUUUAGUUUGCA